GUCGUCAUCAACAACCACACCACUGUGGGGUCCUGGAGUGGCGGCGUGGAGCUGAACGGUAUGUGGUACCGUGAUGGCUGUGCGACCUACACGGAAGAUGCCUGGAUGAGCGAUUGGGUGAUGAUGGCCGAGCGCUACAGGGACAUGGGGUACCACCAAGUCAUCGGUUAUGACUUGAGGAACGAGGUGCGCCCUACGACCAUGACGGGACCCGGCCCGCGCUGGGGAGAGCGAGAGCGUGGGGCAGGCAAAGGUGCCUGCUGUCAGCGCAGCGAGGAUGUCAGAGAUUGGUCGCGUGCUGCCCGGUUAUGCACGCAGGCCCUUCUUAAGGCUGAUGCCCCCGGCUUUGUUGUGGUGGAGCGCAUCGCAUGGCCUCAGAACAGCCUGCAGGAUAUGCUUCUGCCACUACCCCCAUGGGAAGCCUGGGGAGUUCCCCGUGACCGCAUCGUCCUAGCAGUGCACAUGUAUGCAUGGAGUGGCCCUGGGUCCUGGAGUCCCAAGCACUUCCUACCAGGAAUCCUGAAGUCGUUCUUCAACGCUGUGGACUACGUCAGCGGCAGAGAGCUCUAUGGGGAAAUGAGCCAAGAGGUCUUAGAGCAGCAGAUGGACAAAGACUUCGGCUUCUGCUUAGACCAGGACAUUUGCCCGGUGUGGCUCUCUGAGCUUGGUGCUGACCUGUCAAGAGGUGAACUUGGUUG